CGGGCGUGGCCCGAUCGCGGUGGGGGAAAUUCGCGAUCUGCUGAGUAUCUCUGAGUUUAGAGAGCUGUGAUGGUUUUGCAAUUGAUCAGGACGUGGACAAGUGUUUUGGAGUUUGACCCUUAAAGGGGUGGACGGGACAGUCAUUGCCUUUUUCUACCCGGAUCCCGUGACUGUCACAAGGCGAGAGCCGGGAGAGCUCUGUCCUGAAACCCUAGUUUACACGCUAUCUUGUUACCCCAGACCCUGAGAGGAGACCCAGCUCCAACAACAUGCCUGAGGGUCUCAUCACUUCCAGGUCAAUCCAGAACUUGCAGACUGGAAUAGACCUGGCCGUCCCAGAGUACCAGGAAAUCCAUGGCAAGCUGAUGUCAGGGCACGUGGAGUAUCAAAUUGUUGUUGUCACUCAGCUGGCCUCCUUCAAGUCGGCAAAGCACAAGGCUAAAGAUGUUGUUCAGUUAGUGGUACCCAAGAAGUACAGUGAGAUUGAUGAUUUGUAUCAAAAGCUGAGCAACCAGUAUCCGAAUGAAAAACUGCCCCCCAUGCCGAGAAAGAUUUUAUUCGUAGGGGAGGCUGAUAUCAGGGAAAGAAGAGUCAUUUUUGAUGAAAUCUUCAGAUUCAUUGCUAAGGACGCAACUCUCGCAUCAAGUCCCGAGUUGUUGGAUUUUUUAGGAGCAAAAACGAAAGACCUUGGUGAUUUGAAAUUUAAAACUAGAAAUUCUACAGAUGAGGAAUUGCAAGAAGAUGGAGAUGAUUCUGGAGAUUUCUUCAACCAAGAGACCUUUGAAGAUGUUGGAGUGCUGAGAUCAUCAAAAACUCUUGUUCCUACUGUGGAGAAGAUUGAAGAAAUUUCUGAUCCACUGGGUGUUACUAGCUACAGAUUGAAGAAUACGGAGGCCUCAAACCAGGAAGCUAAACCGAAGCUCUCGCUUUUUGAUGAGGACGUAGAUGCUGACGCUAGCCUUUUUGAGCCAGUGAAAAAUUUCACUACCCCAGCCAUGAAGAAAUCCUUUUUGAAUGAUGCUGCUUUCAGAUUAUUUGAGGAUCCAGACUUGGGUGGAACUGUCCAAGCUAAUGACCCUUUAUUACUUCCAACUGCUUUUGAUCUUCAAGCUGGUGCUACAAAUGUAAACUUUGAUGAAAGCACCGAAGAAUUAUUCAGGGUUGAAGAUGACUUGGAUAAGUUAUUGAAGCUAAGUUCCAGCAACAAAGCCAAGCCAGGUGUACCACCCAAGCCAGGUGUACCACCCAAGCCAGGUGUACCACCCAAGCCAAGUGUACCUAAAAGGACAGAGUCCUCAUCUGAAAUAAAGAACAAUCUUGCAUCAGAACACAGUUCCUUUAAAAGCAAGGCAGCUGACAUGGAUGAACUGGAUAUUCUGAAAUACAUUCAAGAGAAUGAGAAAUUGAGUAGUGACACACUCGAUCUCUUUUGAACAGACUGUCCAGCAAUAUCACACAACUGCAUUAAGUAGUAACCCUCUAUGACCUACCAGCAAAACAUUAUAAGCUCCAAAUGCACUAAAACGAUCUUCAGCAAUAUUCAGUUGCACUCGUGGAUGGAAGAGACUUAAUUAAAAUUGCUACUUUUAUGUUUCUGAGGCAAAAAAAAGGUUUUAAGUUGCUGAAGUUUCUGAAUUAGAAAAUAAGGGUUCCUGCUCAUAGUUAAGAGAUGGGAUCAGAAAAUUAUAAGCAAGAUAGCUACAAUUUUUGACUAUUUUCCCCCAUCGAAGGUCAUGGUAGCCAGGUAAAUGCAUUGGCUGGGUGACAAUUUAAAUAGACAAUAUAUAUGUAGCCAGAAUGUAAGAGAAGGUUCUACAGGAUUGUAAGUCUCAAAGAAGAAAAUUGUGUGGCAUAUAUUAAUGGUUCAUGAAGGAAAUUUUUGAACCAUCAAGUGAUGCCUUUCUUUAUUUGUUCUUACAAGAAAGAAAUUUCUGAUGGCAUAUAGCCUUACAAAUUAAGACCUUUUUGGAAAUUCAAAAAGAAAAAUAUCCAUGCGUCUUGGCAUUAUUAUCAGUUCUAAGUAUCAGUUUGCAGUAUUCGUUAACAAUUGGGUAUUGAACUCUCCCAUCUACAAUUGUUUAUGUCAAAGUCAGAAAUGGUAGCUUUCAAAUGUAUAUAUCUGUCUGUUGGAGAGAGGCUGUGGCUCAGAUAUUACUUUGAUCUUCAGACUCCAGCCUGUACUUUCAGUUCAACAAGUGAUGUUAUGCAGGAGGUAGCAGCCAUAUUAAAAUAUAGGAGCAGCAUUAGAAAUGAAAAUAGGCUGGGACUGGAAAAAGCUUACCUCUGGAUCAAAUACAAGUAUCCCUGUUCCUCUCCAGCAAUAUUUAUUGUAAUGUAGCUUUCUCUCCGGCUUAGUUAAAACUAUAGAGAAAUUCUUCCAAGUGUAUGAGGUAAUAUAAAGUAUAGAUAUAUAUAAUAUGCAUCAGUAGCAGUUUUUCCAUUCCACUUAACUGCUAAAUGUACAGUAUUUUUUGAGAGAGGUUUUAUAUCUAAUGAACUUUGAAUUAAAAAUUGCAUUAGAAUGUGCGGGUUAACUUGUUCAAUAUACCAAUGGAGUAUAAUAAAGCAUCUUGUACAAGUCAAUGUAAAUAGGAGGAUUACAUGUUUCCUGUUGGUUUUGCAAACUUGAGUGGAACAGGUUCUGGUUUUGUUACAAGUCUGUAAUGAGUCACUGGAUCUCAGCCAGAUGGAAGAAAGGGCAUUGCAAUGGUCUUUGCCACCUGAAGUCAGGGGGAAAUUGGGCAGAUGUUUAAUUCUGAAUGAUCCUGCUCUUGCUUGCAACCCCUACCCUUUCCCCUCACCCCCUCCCCCCACGUGCACACAAAACCAAUGUCACCAAUUCAACUCUUGCACUGUUUCUCCCAAGGUGUGUAGCAAUAUCAUAUGCACGGAUGUAAAGUGAAGGGAUGACUGGAGUUCUAACUGAGUAGAGACUCCAGUUUCAUGGAGUGAAAAUGUGAUACAGAUGAAGAAGCCUUUUCUCAAUGUUUUCAUGAUGUUCUUAAAAGGCAGAUUGGUUUCCAAAUUCUUGAAUAUGAUUUAAACGUUGCUUAUGUGAAGGAUAUUCAUUUAGUCAUUGUAGUAUAAAGACAUGAAGAUGAACUCGAGUGUUAAUUGCUCAUCCAAAUGCAUUGGAGAAUGUUUUAUUUUUUAAAAAAAUGGAUGUGCUGUCCAGGCAAUUGUUUUCAAAACUACUGAAUUCAACAAUCAGAAGGGGUGACAAAUAUAGUGAGAGAAAGUGUAGUCACACUUGUCUUAUGUGAUCCUUUAUCCACAAGCUCAAUAACAGGCAAUGAAUCCACAUUUGUCACACCUUACCUGGAGCCAAGCCUUGUGUGAAUGUAGACAGGGAGUAUAGAAAGUCAUUCUAAAUCAGUGUAUCCUGCUGUUUUAUCUGCCAGCCAAAACAGGAGGUGGGUUGAGAAUUAACUGACUGCCUCUAUCCUCAGGCAGCAGAGAAACUAAAGCUCCUUUUAUAUUGCACCAGUGUCAGAAAGACAGCUGAAGUAAAAUGGCCAGUUUUGUCAAGGUGGGCAGCUGGAAAAGUGCUUUGCUUUGAUAACUCUCAUUUUCCAGUAACCUUCCAGUCUUAACAUAUCUAUUGCCCACAUGAUUACAGCAAAUGUUCAUGUUUCUCUAGAUUAUCAACUGUCAGAAAGGUUUGACAGGAGUUUGAUUCAUGUAAAAUUAAACAGUUGUCGUCCAGUUGGAUGAUGUGUGGUAGGUAUUGCUGCAUCUGUGUUGAUGUCGUUAGUUCCACUGCAACACCUGACCAGUGUGGUGAAGGUCACUGAAAAUCUAAUGCAUUUUUGUAAAAUUAAAUUUUGCAUCACCUUCAGGCAAACAAUUAUACUCUGUCCUGAUGAAAUAUUUAUUGAAUAUGCAACGCUAUAAGAAUAGGGUAAAAAUAAUGAAACAUUUUGAUUAUUGUCAGCAUUGACUGUUUUUAAUUAGGGCUAUAAGAAAUAUAAAUUGACACAAAACUGUCAAAAGCACUCUGGACUUUUUUGAUUUGCUACUAACUGUAUUUUGGACAUGUACAAAUUUGGGAAGGGUAACCUCCUUAAACUGGUAUUAGUAUGUAUAAUCCAUAGGGAAAAUUUAAUGAGUAAUUGAUUGAUUGGAGAUUUCCUUUUGUGCAAGCAUUUCUGAAGCUAUUCUCUGAUCUGUUUCUUUCCCCCCUCAAUGUAGUCUACUGUCUGGACUGAACUAAGCUUUCCUGUGUAUAUAAUUUAUUUUCUGUGAACAGUACUUUAGGGCAACUAAAGUGCAUUUAAACUUAGCAAGAUCUAUUUCAAAAAAGAAGAGAAGUCCAAAACAAAUUUUGCAGUUAACUCUGUGUGCACACUUCAUUUCGAAGUGACAAAAAGCAUUGAUUGCCAGAUGUGAAGUUUUUUUUUAUAAAUGUAUAAAGAUGUUUGUGAUAUUCCAAUGGUGCUUAUUAGAAGAACAUUUAUUGUCUUCAUUCAACUGGAUCAGUUUAUCCCCCUGAGCAAGACACAGAUCACCUCCCAAUGAUUGGCUGGAAAAUUCAUCUGCCUGGUUUUUCAAUGAAGACUGGAUAAGGUUUUCAGAUGACUCUAUGUAUCUGCUAACACUCAGUGGGGUUUUGCUUGGCAGGUGCAUCUGUAGAAGUGCGUCAUUCGCACCCAUCUCCCCAAUGCUAAAUCUGACUCUUUGCUGCCUCAUGCACAUCCCACCUCCAAUGAUAGGAGUCACUUAUAGCCAGCUGGUACCUAUUGGAGGCUGGUUUGUCUCCUCACACUUAAUGCACCAACAUUAUAACCAAUCCUAAGUAAGACUAGGGAGACACCAAUUGAAUACUUGCUUGAUAAAGGUUCGGCACAUUUUAUACCUGUACGGUAGGUGAAAGAAACUCGGAAAUAAUGGGUGCCUUUCAUUUUGCCUAAGGCUUCACCAGCAUUACAAUAUUCUGGGGCUUGGCUGGACAGCUGGUUUGCAAUAAAGAGUGAGGCCAACAGUAUGUGUUCAAUUCCUGCACCGGCAAGGUUACGAUGAAAGACUCUCUUCCUCAACCUUUCCCCUCACGAGGGGCAAGGUGACCCUUGGGCUAAACCACCACCAAUCAUCUCCUCCUAAUGGGAGAGCAGUCCUAUGGUCUGGUAAGACUAUGGUGACUUCACUUGUGGCAUUCUAGCAACUUAAUAUCUACUAAAAUACAAUUUUGUUGGGGUAAUUGUCUAACCAUCACUGAAACAUUAUUGGUCAGCAGAGUUUUGCUUCACACCGGAGAGAAUCUGGUGGUCAUUAAAUCACUAGUUCCUUGCUUAAAAUAAAACAGUUUUCUAAUUGCUGAGAGAUAGUAGGAACUGCCGAUG